UUAUUUGCAUUUGCAGAGCGAGCAUGGGUGGUAACGACCCAGGGAGCAUAAUAAAAGGGGCUGAAACACAGACGAGGUACACGCAGAUCACUCGAAGCAAGUGAGAAGUCAUGGAGCGUCUGAGAUUCAUUGCUAUCCUCCUCGGGCUCGGAGCAUUGCUGAACUCUGCACAGAGUGCCGCCACUCAGGCAAGAGGCAUAAUUCAGUUCGCAGCAGUUAUUCACUGCGCCAAUCCAAGGGUCAACAACUUGCGCUAUGCCGACUAUGGCUGUUUCUGUGGCUUUGGAGGCAACGGUGUGCAGGCUGUUGACGCAAUUGACAGAUGCUGCCAAGUACACGAUUCCUGUUAUGGUGAAGCUGACAGAAUGGGAUGCAACUCUUACAUCGCAUGGUACAAUGUAAUUUGCAAAAAUGAGAUGCCCUUUUGCUCAUACAGAACAUGGGUCGGACCGGCAAGAUGUGGUAAAAAGCUGUGCGCAUGUGAUGUUGCAGCUGCUCUGUGCUUCAGAAGGCACAGCAACAAAUACAACCCUUAUUUUGCGAAUUAUAACCAAUCUCGGUGUAGACCCAGGGCACAAUGAAGCGGCGGGGAUGUGUCUCUCCAAUAGAAUAUUCCGGGUGUAAUUGAUGGGAUUCCUCUUGCACGACCUCGAUUGAUUUUUCCAGUUGGUCACUUUUCUGUCUCUCCUUGCUAAGUUAUGUUUGCUGUUUUGCCUUUAACUCAUUUAAAAUGUACUUUGCAGUUCUGGUGAAAUAAUAAACUACUCUGAAGCAUGCAA